AUGAUUCUCGAUUUUCUCAAAGCCGGCGAUUCAGAAAACGCUUUUCAGGAAUCCUCAAUGCUUACCCGUUCGGCCUAUCGCAGCAUGAUUACCUUCGAAAUUGACUACUUUGGCCUACAACUUCUUGCUGCCUUGAUGGACAAGGAGCGCGUCGGAGCCCUUUCCCAAUCUUUCUUGCGGGGCGCACAGAGCUGGACCAGGGUUGUCUUCGUUCCCACAAAAGGCUUGGGUGUAUUUGACGGCUACGAUAUGAUUGAAGACUUACGGCGAAGAAAUCCAGAUCUCGUGGUUCACGUCACCUAUGAUCGCUGCAUGUUUCGACGUGGUGACCACAUACUACUUUUAGCAGACGGCUCCUGGCCUUAUGUAGCGUGGUCACGCACCAGCCGAUACUAUGCUGUAGAGGUAUGGGCGAAAAUCAACACGAGUAUUUCUUACAAUGUGACUAAAUAA